AUGUCGCUAAACCCACAACUCGGUUUAAUCGAUAUAGGUGCCAAUAUUGGUACAUAUACAAUGUUUAUUGCAGCGAUGGAUCGUUUAGUAGUAGCAAUUGAGUGUUUUCAACCAAAUUAUAUGAGAAUUGCUAAAGCUGUUCAAAUGGAAAACUUCCAGAAUAAAGUAAUUCUCAUUGGAAAUGCUAUAUAUUCUAGUACAGGACAAUAUCUAAGACUAUCGAAGGAUCCUGUAAAUAUCGGAGGACAGGGAAUAUAUGGAACGGCAUUCUUAACGAAUCGAUCAGAUGAUAUUUAUAUGGUUCGAACAAUGCGAUUAGAUGAUAUUUUACCAAAAAUACAACAAACAAAUCUUUCGUCCUUUGUGAUGAAAAUUGAUAUUGAAGGAGCCGAAUAUUAUGUUUUCGAAAGUGGAAGAAAACUAUUUGAUGCUUUUGACAUACCUGUAAUUAUGAUGGAAUGGGAUAAAGUAUAUCAAAAUAUUGAGCGUGGAAACUUUAUACUCAAGUUUUUAAUCCUACAUAAAUAUAUUCCAACUACGGACACUUGCCAGGAAUUAAGUAAAACGGAUGAUUUCAGUAAAUGGCCAGCAAAUGUCUUCUGGAUCAAAAUGAAUCGAACCGGUAUCUGUUGA